GUCGGAAGUGACGUCAACGGGCGGGGCGCUCACCUGAGCACCUGGGCGGUCGCGGUUGAGCCAGGCAGCGGCGAUACGCACGCGAUGGAGGGCGAAGGCCGGGGCCGGUGGGCGCUGGGGCUGCUGCGCACCUUCGACGCGGGCGAGUUCGCAGGCUGGGAGAAGGUGGGCUCAGGCGGCUUCGGUCAGGUAUACAAGGUGCGCCACGUGCACUGGAAGACCUGGCUUGCGAUCAAGUGCUCGCCCAGCCUGCACGUCGACGACAGGGAACGCAUGGAACUUCUGGAGGAAGCUAAGAAGAUGGAGAUGGCCAAAUUCCGCUACAUUCUGCCUGUGUACGGCAUAUGCCAGGAACCUGUUGGUUUGGUCAUGGAGUACAUGGAGACAGGCUCCCUGGAGAAGCUGCUAGCCUCUGAGCCACUGCCUUGGGAUCUGCGCUUCCGCAUCGUGCAUGAGACAGCUGUGGGCAUGAACUUCCUGCAUUGUAUGUCUCCACCACUGCUGCAUCUAGACCUGAAGCCAGCAAACAUCCUGCUGGAUGCCCACUACCAUGUCAAGAUUUCCGACUUUGGGCUGGCCAAGUGCAAUGGCAUGUCCCACAAUCAUGACCUCAGCAUGGAUGGCCUAUUUGGCACAAUUGCCUACCUCCCUCCAGAGCGCAUCCGUGAGAAGAGCCGGCUGUUUGACACCAAACAUGAUGUGUACAGUUUCGCCAUUGUGAUCUGGGGCAUGCUCACACAGAAAAAGCCAUUUGCAGAUGAAAAGAACAUUCUGCACAUCAUGGUGAAAGUGGUGAAGGGCCACCGUCCAGAGCUGCCACCAAUCUGCAGACCUCGGCCACGCGCCUGUGCCAACCUGAUAGGGCUUAUGCAGAGGUGCUGGCAUGCAGACCCACAGAUGCGGCCCACCUUCCAAGAAAUUACCUCUGAAACUGAAGUCCUUUGUGAAAAACCUGAUGAGGAGGUGAAAGACCUGGCUCAUGAGCCGGGUGAGAAAAGUUCUCCAGAGCCUAAGAGUGAGGCCAGACCAGAGUCCUCACGCCUCAAGCGUGCCUCUGCUCCCCCCUUUGAUAAUGACUGCAGUCUUUCCGAGCUGCUAUCACAGUUGGACUCUGGGAUCUCCCAGACUCUUGAAGGCCCCGAGGAGCUCAGCCGAAGCUCCUCUGAGUGCAAGCUGCCAUCGUCCAGCAGUGGCAAGAGGCUCUCUGGGGUGUCCUCAGUGGACUCAGCCUUCUCCUCCAGAGGAUCGCUGUCACUGUCAUUUGAGCGGGAACCUUCGACAGGUGAUCUGGGCCCCACAGACAUCCAGAAGAAGAAGCUAGUGGAUGCUAUCAUGUCAGGGGACACCAGCAAGCUGAUGAAGAUCCUGCAGCCUCAGGAUGUGGACCUGGUUCUAGACAGCAGUGCCAGCCUACUGCACCUGGCUGUGGAGGCAGGACAGGAGGAGUGCGUCAAGUGGCUGCUGCUUAACAACGCCAACCCCAACCUGACCAACAGGAAGGGCUCCACACCACUGCAUAUGGCUGUGGAGCGGAGGGGACGGGGAAUCGUGGAGCUACUGCUGGCUCGGAAAAUCAGCAUCAAUGCCAAGGAUGAAGACCAGUGGACUGCCCUGCACUUUGCGGCCCAGAAUGGGGAUGAGGCCAGCAUGAGACUGCUGCUGGAGAAGAAUGCCUCAAUCAAUGAGGUGGACUUUGAGGGCCGAACACCUAUGCAUGUGGCCUGUCAGCACGGACAGGAGAACAUUGUGCGUACCCUGCUACGCCGUGGCGUGGACGUGAGCCUGGAGGGAAAGGAUGCCUGGUUGCCUCUGCACUAUGCUGCCUGGCAGGGCCACCUGCCCAUCGUCAAGCUGCUAGCCAAGCAGCCUGGGGUGAGUGUGAAUGCCCAGACCUUAGACGGGAGGACACCUCUGCACCUGGCUGCUCAGAGGGGGCACUACCGUGUGGCUCGCAUUCUUAUUGACCUGUGCUCUGACAUCAACAUCUGCAAUCUGCAGGCACAGACACCUCUGCAUGUUGCUGCAGAGACUGGACACACUAGCACUGCUAGGCUGCUCUUGCAUCGUGGUGCUGGCAAGGAGGCUUUGACCUCGGAGGGUUGUACUGCCCUGCACCUGGCAGCCCGGAAUGGACACCUGGCCACUGUCAAGCUGCUGGUAGAGGAGAAGGCUGACGUGAUGGCUCGGGGGCCCCUGAAUCAGACAGCACUGCAUCUGGCUGCUGCCAAUGGGCACUCUGAGGUGGUAGAAGAGCUGGUCAGUGCUGACCUCAUUGACCUGUCUGAUGCACAGGGCCUCAGUGCACUGCACCUGGCUGCCCAGGGCAGGCAUUCACAGACUGUGGAGACGCUGCUCAAACAUGGAGCCCACAUCAACUUGCAAAGUCUCAAGUUCCAAGGAGGCCAGAGCCCCACUGCCACACUGCUCCGACGCAGCAAGACCUAGCUUGCCACCUGCAGAACCAGGGCUCCAUGUAGGCUUCUGGUCCAUUCUUGUGUUCCUCAUGGGAACAGAAUGGUCCUGGGACACUGCUCACCCUGUUGGUGGCCUGCCCAUACAUUGACCAAGCAGAGGCUAAUGAACAAGGCAAUAAUACCUGUGUCAGGGUAGAGGCUGCCACUGGCCACUGUGGCCGGUCAUGGUGUCUGAUGUCAGAUGGGACUAGGUCGGUGUCAUUUCAUUGUGGUCUUGAUUGGCUGCUGAUGGCGGGUUGUUCAUGGCAAAGCCUAUAUAAGGAUAGCCCCUCUUUCCCAGAGCAAGCCACCUCUACUUGCUUGGAGCACAGCAUCUUCGGUAGAGGCAUGGAAGGGGUGGUGUCCUUCAUCUUCUCACUGCGAUGGGCAGAGCAUCCUGUCUUUGGAGGUAUAGUGGAUUCUUAUACAUGAGUGACAUGCUAGCUUUGCUUGAGACCUGUGAAGAUAGAACUGGCACUGGCUGAUGGAGUCUAGAAAGGGAAGAUUAUAAAACCACAAGGCUGGUCUUAACAUUGAACAGCCUUACCAGCAUUGAACUGCUGUUUCAUUUGUUUUGUUGUUUGGGUUUUGUUUUGUUUUUUUUUGUUUUUUGUUUUUUUUUUUUUUGGUGAUGUCUAGGUCACCAUACCUCUUCCCCCACUUCCUUGACAGUUGCUGAAUUCUCACUAAAAUGUCAGCCACGUAUGUAAAAGGUAGUGGAAAAUUCUUUAUAAAUAGGUUUUAUACUAAAAAUUGUUUAAUCAAACAAAUCACUCUUUCAGGCUCUUAUCUUUUGGUGAAGUGGUGAUUUGUGCCAAGGGCUUUGCUGAUGUGCCCUGUGACGACACCCACUGUGUUCCAUCCACAGCAGCUGAAUGUGGCCUGAGGUGGCCAUUGGAGAUAGUUGUACUCUGAGGGGUCAAAAGAUUUGAUAGCCUCGUUGUUAUACCUUCCCCAUUAGCAUUCUGAACAUUGUCACUGUAGAUAUGUGUUGCAGAAGUGCCUUGUGUGCAAACACAUGCUGUAGCCUGGUGUGUGGCACAAAGAGUGACAUUAAUGUACUGUGUAUUUUGACAUGAAUCAUGGACAGGAUACUUUUCUGUGACAGGAAGUCGUGGAGCUGGCUAUGUUUUAAUAUGCCUCAAUUUACCUUCACUGUCUUUUGCUCCUGUUGUGUGAAACACAGAAACCAUAGGAGAUCUAUGUGAUGUCAAUAAAGGACUCAUCUACUUUUGGAAUUCA